AUUCGCGUACGAAAACCACCUCCGAGAUUUUGCAGUAUGGACACUGCGUGGGAUGUCUGUCAAAGCCGAAAAUCCUGAUCCAUUUCAUCUGUCCGUUGGCCGGCGAUAUCAUGCAUGCUUCGCAUGAUGUCUAUUUAGCUGGGGGAGAGCUUCUCUCUUUGAGCUCGCACUCAUCAUGUCCUACCCUAUACGCUUGCCCUCCGAGCGACCGCUGGUCACCGUGACUCAUCCAACGCCUUCCAUCUGGGUGCUCGAGCUGCACAACGGCGCGGACAGCCGUAUCAACGAGGAGCUUUUGGAUCGAGCGAUGCAGCCUGCGCUGGACAUGGUGGAACGCGACUGGCGCGAGCAUUGGCGUGUUGCGCGCAAUUCGAAGAAUGCGGAGGGUGGCCGCGGCGCGUUGAUCAUCGUUGGGAACAGAAGCCAGCACAAGUUCUUCAGCAACGGGCUUGAUUAUGACAAUAUUAUGAGCUCGCCCACCAGGGGAGGAAGUUUCGUGCCUCGCUCACUCAAUCCGUUCAUCCGGAGACUGUUGACGUUCCCUAUCCCAACAGUGGCUGCAAUCAACGGACACACGUUCGCCGCCGCAGUGAUCCUUGCGCUGUGCUGUGACUACCGUGUUAUGGCAGAUGGUAGCAGCCGCAACGUAUGGAUGAGCAUGAAUGAGAUUCACUUCGGGGCUGCCUGGCCACUCUCAUUUGCUGCCGUCGUGCGUGCGAAAGUUCUGGAUGCCCGCCUUCAGCGCAAGAUUGCUCUCGAAGGUCACCGGUUCACACCGCAAGAGGCAUUAGAAGCUGGGCUGGUGGAUCAUAUCGUCAAGGGCGACACGGAAGCGGUAAUUGCGAAGGCGUGUGAGGUUGCAGACUCCGUCAGCGCGCUAGCCAACUCAGGCGCGUGGGGCUUAAUCAAGUACGAUCUGUAUCGCGAUGCAGUGGAAGCAUCUCUCAGAGACGUGGUUUUGCCGAACGUAGGUUCCGAUGAUGCAGCUGCCAGGGCUCGGUUGUGACGUUGCUGUUACAUAUUCU